AUGCCUGAACCUGUCUCAGUCAAUAGUAUUAUAAGGAAUAGUAUAUUUACUCAAGACGGAGCAAAAUGUGUGCAAGUUGAACAACCUCAAUCCCAAGCGAAAAGUUCGACCGAAUCUCGAUUGUCAGUAGAACAGCAAGAGUAUUGGGUAUUUGGAUACGGUUCGCUUAUCUGGAAGCCACCUGUUGCAUGGGAAGAAAGGUUGACUUACGACUAUUGUUAUCCAUUUUCGCUGCAACAGCAUAGUAUGGAUCAUCGUGGGACGGUGAGCAAUCCUGGUCGCGUGGUCACCCUGAUACCCUAUUCUGAAUGGAAGCUUCUUGAGGACUACCACCAAAACAACGAAGACGAUAUUACUUGGGGUGUUGCAUACAGGAUUCCUUCAAACAAGACAGCCGAGGUAAAGGAAUAUUUGGGCUGUCGCGAGCGCGGGUAUUCGAUUCAAUUAGUAGAUGUUUAUCAAAAAGGAAGAACGGAACCAAUAAUUAUCCAAGCUGUCUGCUAUGUUGCAAAUCCUUGGCAUAACUACUAUUGUGGACCAGCCCCAAUUGAAGCAAUUGCGUAUCAGAUACAUCGAUCUCGUGGUAAUUAUAAGAAUCAUACUCGAAGGAGCGGACAAAACCGGGAUUAUGUGCUUAAUCUCGCAAAAGCUUUGCGUGAAAUUGCCCAGGAUGCACACGACCAACAUUUAUUCGACUUGGAACAACAUCUUUUGGCGUUAGACGAGUCGUUUAAUGAUUGUUUCAUCUGUGACAUAAAG